AUGAAACGAAACUACAUGUCGCUACAUGAAAGAAGCAAAAGUAAAGAGUUGAGAGAUUAUGAAGAAAAUGAAAUUCGGAGUCUCGACUUGAGAUUAUUUCAAAAAGAUGAUUACGAACAGCUAAUGGAGCAAUUAGGAAAUUGGAGAAAUAAAAUAUGGAAAGUUACGUCAAAUUAUUCCAGGAAUCCAAAUAAAUGCUCAUCAUUCUUCAUGGAUGAAAAAUUGAAAACAAACAUGAGAAAAGUUCAGCAUUGA